UCCCAUCGCUCUGCAACGAUCAGUCGACUGUGUUGAUUACUAACCGGUGCGUGGGCCCUAGUAGGUCCCAACUCUCUAGUGUGGAGGCGAAAAAACAUAAUAACAGUGAAACAACCUGGUGCUGUGCAAAUCAUCAUAUAGAAAACAAAACAAUCUGUGAUUUUUGGAUAUUGGUACUAAAUCUGAAACAAGAACAAACAUCAUGCAAUCGGAAAACGAAACAUAUCUGGGACUGGAUCUGAGCACCCAAAAGCUAAAAGCCGUACUACUCAACACCAAGCUAGAGAACGUUGCCCACGCGGAAGUAAAAUUUGACUCGGAUCUGCCGGAAUUUCGAACCAGUGGCGGAGUGAAUGCCGGAGUAGCGAAAAAUGAAUUCUACGUGCAGCCAGUGAUGUGGGUGAAAGCCCUGGACAUGGUACUGGAUCGACUGGUGGUGCAGGGUGGUGAUCUGAGCACCGUAAUGGCCGUCAGUGGUUCCGCCCAGCAGCACGGGUCACUCUAUUGGUCGCGAAACGGAGUACGAACGCUGCAAAAUUUAGAUGCGGACAAAUUCCUACACACACAAAUCGACGAUUCGGCUUUCACACUGCAUCGGACGCCCAUCUGGAUGGACGGAACUACCGGGAAACAGUGCGAGGAGAUGGAGGAAGCGGUUGGCGGUCGGGAAAAGAUGGUCGAGAUUACUGGAUCCAAGUGCUAUGAACGAUUUACGGGACCGCAAAUUAGGAAAGUUUUCCUACAACGUCCAGAUAUUUUCCGGAAUACGGAACGAAUUUCUCUGGUUAGCAGCUUUUUGGCGUCGAUAUUUUUGGGCGAUAUAGCACCUAUUGACUUCUCCGACGGAUCUGGCAUGAAUCUGCUCGACAUUAGGAAGCGUACGUGGUCGGAUGUUUGCCUAUCUGCAUGUGCUCCUAAUUUGGAGGCGAAACUUGGCACGCCCGUUCCGACGGCUUCCAUAAUCGGACCGAUUGGACAGUUUUUUGUACAGAGAUAUAAUUUCAAUACCGCUUGUAAAGUGGUAGCUUUUACGGGUGACAACCUGUCGGCUCUAGCAGGGAUGGCCAUCGGAGAAGACUGGCUUGCGCUAUCGCUCGGUACCAGCGAUACCAUCAUGAUGAAACUGAAUGAACCGCCAAACCUUCAGGAAGGGCAUGUUCUUGUGCAUCCGACUGACAACGGGUACAUGGGAUUGUUAUGCUUCCGCAACGGGUCUUUGGUGCGUGAUAUUUUCAAACGGGCCGAAGCGAAUGAUAACUGGGUAAACUUCAGCGAACUGUUAGAAUCGACGCCACGCGGAAACUUCGGAAACAUUGCGCUGCACUUUAUCUCCAAGGAAAUUAUUCCACCGGUGAAGGGUUCCCUGCGAUGGAACAAGUCAUCCGACCUGAGCAGCCCAGAUCUCGCUAGAGGCGUGCUAAAAUACAGCGCACCGCAGACUGAAAUUCGAGCUCUGAUCGAAGGACAAAUGCUGACCAGAAAAGCGUAUGCCACGGAAAUGGGUUUCAGUUUUGGUGAUAACACCAGAAUCCUAGCGACGGGGGGAGCUUCGGCUAACAAAUCGAUCCUGCAAGUUGUGUCCGAUGUCUUCAACGCGCCGGUCUACACGCAGCAAACGACGGAAGCGGCACUGCUCGGUGCUGCCUAUCGGGCAAAAUAUGUCCUAGAGAGGUCCCGCGCUCAGCAACACGGUGAUCCGAAAUCGCUCGAGUCCUAUUACGAGUACAUACGGGAAGUACUACCGGAGCACAGCGUAACAAGGGUGUGCGAUCCGGCACAAGAUAGCAGCGACAUUUACGACCAGAUGCUGGAACGUCACAGUCUGAUGGUGCAGUACUUGACGGAUCACCAAGAUUGAAACGACGGCAACGUAAAAGCUAAACAGUGACAUUCUACAUUCCUGCUUAAGGCUUAUUUAUAGCUUCCAACAACGAAACAUUCCGAAAUAAUCAAAAUAUCUACGGGCAUUUCUUUACUUUCUUAGCUAGUGACUGCUUAUCAAAGCGACAAAAAACGUUCACUUAUAUUUGUUGAUUUUAUUACUGAUUAGACGCAUUGAUAUUUAGGAAUUCAAUAAAAAUAUUUGUUAUUUGCUAUCCAUUUAUAG